AAGCUGGAGUUCUACACGGCAAUGAUUUCCAAUCGUCUUUUAUAUUUUGUAGUCAAGCCAUUAAGCAUGUUGACUCUGAAAGUCUCAGUUAAUCACUAUCAUAAGUGUACACUACAAAUAGCGAAAAUAUUUCCAUCAAUAUUAGCCAAUUUUCAGACAUAUGCAAGUACUGCUCAGAUUAUUCAUAAAGGAAAUGAUACAGUUAAAGAACAAAUUAUUUCUAAAAUGAAUUUCCAAACUGUGCAGCAUGCUGAGCCUUUCUAUAAAUUACCAGUAAAAACAUUACUCCAUAUUUAUAAAGUUACUGCAAAUGAUGAAAAACAUGGUUAUUGUAAGAACAGAUUAUAUUAUGUAUCUUCAAAAUUAAAGUGCCCGCCAUCAUUAUUAUCUAAAUAUGUGGCUGAAAGAACUUUUCUCUAUAGUUUAUCUUUCGAUUGGCUGGAAAAAUCAUUAAAUGUUUUACUUGAGAUGGGAGUGUCAAGUGAUCGCAUCAUUAGAGAUUUAUGGGUUCUUAAAUAUAAAUCUGACACUAUAAAAGAAAGAUUAGAGAGAGUCAAAGCUUUAGGCAUAGACAAUUUAUAUCCAUGGAUGGUUAGGUGUUCUGAAGACAUAUUAAACAGAUAUGUUGCAAUUUAUCAAGAAACAAAAAAUAUUCUUGGAAAUAAUGAAUCUACACAUAUAUAUCUUGCUAAACGUCUCAACACAACUGUAGAAGCUGUGGAAGAAAUGUGUAUAAAAACACCAGCUUUAAAAACUAUUAGAGUCACCAAGGUAAAACAUUUCUUGGACUAUCUUAUAAGUGAAGGAAUUUCACCCGGAGACAUUGCAAAGAUACCACGCAUUCUUUCUGCAUCACAAAAAACAGUAAAAGAAAGAAUAGACAAGUUACGCCAGUUGGGAUUUCAAGAAUUAAAUUUAAAUGUUCUGUGUAGGAGCAAAAAACAAUUUAAAAAAUUUUGUUACGCUUUUGAAUCUUCCUCCAAAAGUCACUAUUAGUAAUUA